AUGAAUAACCGUAGAAACAAUAGUACUAACAUCAACAGAGCUGCUCCCUUGGCUGAAAUUGAAUCUCACAGAGUACAAGGGAGCGGGGCUUAUUGGCAGCAAUGCGUGUACGGGUACCUUAUGGACUACCGUAGCCUCAGUGUGCAAUCUAUAAGCAGCUUCAUUAAUACUAGAUGGAGGAAGAGGGGCCACAUUGAGGUGUUCAAAAUGAACGAUCUCUAUGUGUUCAAAUGCUCAGAUGAUGAGGACAAAAGGGAGAUGCUAGCCAUGACUAAGGCUUGCUUCGACGGAGCGCUGAUGGUUUUUUCUCCAUGGUGGCCUAAUCAAGUGCCUCAAACAGUGAGGUUCCGAAGGGCUAAAUUUUGGAUUAGAAUAUGUGGACUGCCAUGUGAAUACCUCAAUUCUCACAUGGCGAAAACUACAGGGGAAAUGCUAGGCAUGCCCUAUGAAAUCGACUGGGAACCUAACUUCGUUCCUAGGAACGAUUAUCUCCGGAUUUGUGUAAUGAUCAACCUGGGAGAACCACUUAUACCGGGGUUUUUUCUGAAGUUAGAUGAUGAUGCCAUCAUCUGGAUACAGUUGAGGUAUGAACAUCUAUUUAAAUAUUGUACUAGGUGUGGUAGAAUUGGCCACAAGUAUACGAGGUGCACGAGACACGAAGACCUCAUUAAUCUGGACGUUGAUCACAAGAUGAUGGAGUAUCUUUCGAGGGGGAUUCCCACCAUGGAGGCAUAG